CAGCCGGUGCGUUUACCGGAGCCACGCCAAUUGACGCCCGGAAACGCCAGUGCUGUCCUUGCGGGCUGGGGGUUAAAUGCGGUAAGAAAGUUGGCGAUUCCUCGAAGAAGCAAUGAGUAACCCCCUCUUUCACUUUCAGACGGGUGGAGUGGUUCAACGAGAUCUGCAGAAAGUCCAACUGCAAGUUUUCAGCGAUGAGGAGUGCAGCGAGCGCCAUCAAACCCAACUGCACGACACCCAAAUCUGCGCGGGAUUGUCUGAGGGCGGAAAGGGCCAGUGCAGUGGCGACUCUGGGGGCCCGCUGCUGCUUACUGGCACCGACACCCAGGUGGGUAUUGUUUCCUGGAGCAUCAAACCUUGUGCCCGGCCUCCUUUCCCAGGCGUCUUUACCGAGGUUUCCGCCUACGUGGACUGGAUUGUAGAGACGGUGGGCAGCUCCUUAAAGCCGUCUCCGCUUUGGGUGGGCCAGCUGAUCGUUGUACGCUCGCCACCUGGCCUGACCAGCUAAAGUAUGGGGCUAACAGACCCCAAUAAAAUACCGGUUCAAGUACGAUAACGCUAUCUAAUUAAUCAAUUGGCCUAAGGGACGCACAACAGGUAACAAAUA